CAGCCACAGCUACACCCACAGCCACAGCUACACCCACAGCUACACCCACAACUACAGCUACAGCCACAGCCCUGCAGACAGCACCUGGGACCCCAGCCCAGAGGAGGCGCCAUCCAAGCUCGGGGCAUGAGCCCGAAAGUGAUGACAGUCCCAAAGGGGAAGAGACGAAGCAGACCCCCGCUCAGAGAGAGCCUCUUGAGGGUCAGUCUUCCGCCGCUGCUGAAGGGAGUGAGGGAGCCCUGGAUGAAGGGCAAGGUUCAGCCGAGAAGAGGGUGGGACAGCGGAAAAGUUCACAGGUCAAGGGGGAGGAGGAGUCCACUCGGAUGGGGAAGGUGAUGGGCGAGUACAUCGAGGGCUCCGUGCGCAAGUUCAACGAGAGACGAAAGCUCUUCGAGGCCUUCCAGCAGGCCCUACCUGCCGAGUCGAAGCCCCCUCCCGUCCGGCCCAAAAGGAUCCUCUCCGCCUCCCUCUCGGCGUUCUCCCUUUCGUCCGUCCCCACGAGGCGGAUGCCGGAGGAGCGGAUCCGUCCGUCCGUCUCCGUCAUGGAGCGCGCCCGCAGCCUGGAGCAACUCAGCCAGGCACCGGAGGUGACCGCGCCCAGCCACAGGGCCGCCGGACGGGACAGCGAUUGGGGCAGCCUGGCGGAGUCGGACGAGCGAGACCGGAUCAUCGUCGAGGGCGACGUGACGCUGGUGCGCCGCAGGAGGUCUCUCCGCCCCUCUUACAGUUCCGAGGCCCUCUUCGGUCGCAAAGGGCUCGAGCUGCCGGAAGAGCGGGCGGGCGAGGAAGAGGAGGAGGAAGACGAAAGCUCCAUGCUGCACAGGCAGAACCCCUUUGUUCAGCUGAGGCCCUCGCUAGCUCUGAGGCCCGACGUGGCCAGAGACAUCCAGGACGCGCGGGAGAGGGAGAAGGAGCUCAGGAGGAUUAGGAGGGGACUCUACGGAAGCCGGAAAGGUCGAAGGCGCAGCCGGGGGUCAGAGAGUUCGACGACCAGCCAAGCAGACUCAGGGAGUAUGACCGAAGAUUAUCAGUCAAGAGGUAAACUAGAACGGGUGUGGCCACCUCCCUCCCCCACUGAGAAAGUCUCCCAGUCGGAUCAAACACAGGGGCCGAGACCUCUGAUCCCCCCGAGUCAGAAAGCUCUGCUGUGGCAGCGCUGGCAGUCAGGCUCGGUGAACGGACACGUGGAGGAAGAGGACUGACUCUGGGGUGCCGGCAUUUGUGUUCCCAAGGAUGCCCUCCCACACACACACACACACACACACACCUUCACACACUCAACUGAUGACCAAUGGACUCUAAGAACCACAAAGGAGAGGGUCUGCAUCUAGAUGACUGCUGUAGGCUUAUGCAGAGGAUGGAUCUUCACUCAGCAAUGAAGAUGAAACACUGAGAAAGUUCAUAAGUAUUCAGCGAUGAUUUUGGCAAGUCCCACAAGCAUUACCUCAUGAGGUACAAUCUCAGAAUUAAACGCACAUGAAAUGCUGAACUGUUACAGAGCUCCAAUUGUUCCUGGGUAGGAUUGCACUCAAUUAGGCAGGUUACAAUUGGGUUAGCUUCAUUACAUUAAGACAAUGAAAAAAAAUGUCUCACUCAAGUGUACAUGUGAUAAUGCAAUCAUUACUUACUGUGUUCGUGCAAUAUUGAUCUGAAACAAGACUACGGUCAGCUAUGAAUCUACACAAGUCUUACUGUAUGUUUGUGUUGUUGUGAUAGGGUUAUUUGUUACACAUGAUUACUUGUACUGUAUGUGUUACGUUUUGUCAUAAAUCAAGACUUCUGAAAUCAGGGAUCUCAUAACAUUUGACAGGAAAGCUCAUGAAUGUUAAGCUUCAAAAUGUUGAUCCAGAUACAGAAAUACUGGUUUUCGUGAAGUGCUGUUUUACCAAAGAACUAAGACAUUAGAACUGUGUUUUUACAAAGAAUUAUGCGUUAUACUCACAUUGUGAAUGACUAUGAAUGAAUGCAUGCAUGGCAUGUUUGUCUCUUCCCCGUUCCCUUCUCAGGCAAACCUGACUUCUCUUGCACUUGUAUUUGAACUACAACUACUCUAAGUCACUUUGCAUCACUACCUUGGUUCAUGCCUCUUUCCACUUGUUAUACUGUAUGUGCCGAUUUGGCUUAAAGAUAAAGAUCCCCUUGGGGCCUCCAU